CAGGCGGGGCCCGGGGAGGAGCAGGCAGGGAAGGGGAUGUGUGUGAGUGUGCAGGCCGGGCGCUCCUGAUCCUCCUUGGCCCCUGCUUUUCGGGCGAGGUGGGGGCUCUUCACUUCUCCCUGGGGGAGACCUGUCGGGCAGCGGGGAUCCCUGUGACCUGUGGCCACAAGUCCCGUGUCCACGCACCUCUGGUGCCACGUGCGCCCGUGCAGCCGUGUUCCGUGCGGGCUGGCAGAGAGCGGCGUCUCGGCUCAUCAGCUCUGGCCCCAGCAUGGCCAUCUCCUCGCGCCUCGCCCUGUGGGAGCAGAAGAUCCGGGAAGAGGACAAGAGCCCUCCGCCGUCCUCGCCCCCUCCCCUCUUCUCUGUCAUCCCUGGGGGCUUCAUCAGGCAGCUGGUCCGGGAGACUGAGAAGGAGUCCAAGGAGGCCAGGCGCAGGAAGGAGGCCGCACUGGCCUCUCCGGAGCGCGAGACCCCAGAAGCCCCCAUCACCCAGCCCAGAAGCAAGUCCGGCAGUGACGGACAGCCUGGAGGCCCACCGCUCUCCCAGGACAGCCCAGCGAGGUCUCCCCAGAGUGCAGAUGUCCCAGCCCAGGGCAGCCAGGGGGCCGGCAGCCCUGACCCCGUCCUCAUGACCAGCAUCAACGGCGAGAAGCCCCAGGAGCCGGGCCCCAGCAGGACCCCUGCAAAAAAGCCCUUUAAGAGGGGCGUGAGGAGGGGCGAUGUGCUGCUCAUGGUGGCCAAGCUGGACCCGGAAGCCGCCAAGCCACAGGACGCCCCGCCCCCGGCCACAGACCCCGGAGGCGGGAGAAAGGCGGGGAGCCCAGGGACUCCUUGUGGCCCCCAGGCUGACACCAAGGACUUGGCCCCGAAGGCUGAGAAGACCUGGACUGGGGUUCUUGGGGAGCCAGGCCAAGGCACAAAAGGCGAGAAGGGUCAAGGACCCAUGGGGAAGGGGGCUGGGGGCCCCCAGACCAAAGGCCCCAAAGUGGGUGAGCUCCAGGGCAAAGAGGGCCAGGGGACCAAGCCCCAAGCCCAAGGUGACAGGGCACGACCAGGAACCACAGAGAAGGAGGGAGGGGACCCCCCGAGCAAGACGGCCAAGGGGACCCUCUCCAAGGAUGCUGGGGGCCAGGAGAAAGUCGCGGGGCCUCCCGUCCAGGCGAGAAAGUGGGGAGGGGCCCUGGGCAGAAGGGGCCAGUGGGACGGUGUGCAGAGUAGGAAGGACAAAGCAGGGAAGGUAGAGAAGGCGGCCGGGCCGCAGACAAAAGCAGAGAAGACGGGGGAAGCACAGAGGGCGACGGGGAAAGGCGAGGAGGAGGCUUCACGUGUGGCCCGGCAGGCGGGCGGGCCCCCGCAGGAGCUAGGAAAGGGGGCGCGGCCCCCCAGCACGUCUGGGGAGGCGGGGAUGGCAGAGAAGCACUGUGAAGCUGCCAAGGAUGGGGUCACCAGGGGGGAGUGGCCAGGGGCAGCCGGGAAAAAGGGCCGGCCCCAGAGCCCAGGGCAGGCGACAGAGGAGCCCCGUGCCAGAGCGGAGGACGGGGCCAAGGCCCUGCAGGUGGAGCCGGAAGCAGCCAGGCAGCCUGGCCUGGAGACCAGUGUCCCAAGGCCCCCAACGCUGAAGGAGACGCAGGAGGGGCCAGCCCUGCAGGAGGCAGGUGGAGGCGGCUGGAGCGGAGACUUGGACCAGGCCCCCGGGGACAGGUGGUACGAGGCGGAGAAAGUCUGGCUGGUUCGGAAAGACGGAUUCACACUGGCCACGGUGCUAAAGCCAGAUGAGGGAACAGCUGACCUGCCGGCCGGGAGAGUGAGACUUUGCAUUGAUGCUGACGGCAGCACCAUGGAGGUGGACGAGGAGCAGGUGCAUCGGGCCAACCCCCCCGAGCUGGACCAGGCGGAGGACCUGGCGUCUCUGGUGAGCGUGAGCGAGUCGAGUGUGCUGCACACGCUCCUGCAGCGCCACCACGCGCGGCUGCCGCACACCUGCUCGGGGCCCGACCUCAUCGUGCUCCAGCCCCAGGGGCCCUCGCCGCCCUCCACAGGCAAGGUGCCUGUGCCCAGGGGCCGCUGGGAUCGCUCGCCUGCCCACGUGGCCUCCCUGGCCCAGCGGGCAUACUGGGCACUGCUGAGCCAACGGAGGGAUCAGAGUGUCGUGGCCCUGGGCCGGAGCGGCGCCGGGAAGACCACCUGCUGUGAGCAGGUCCUGGAGCACCUGCUGGCGAUGGCAGGCAGCGUGGACGGCAGGGUCUCAGUGGAGAAGAUCCGCGCCACCUUCACCAUCCUCCGGGCUUUCGGCUGCGCGUCCACCGGCCACGGCCACAGCUCCACCCGCUUCGCCAUGGUGAUGGCCUUGGACUUCAACGCCACCGGCCGCGUCACGGCCGCUCAGCUGCAGACGGCACUGCUGGAGACGAGCCGGGUGGCACGGCGGCCCGCGGGGGAAGGGAGCUUCCACGUGUUCUCCCAGAUGCUGGCUGGGCUGGACCUGGAUCUCAGGACCGAGCUGCACCUGCACCAGUUGGCGGCCAGCAGCUCCUUCGGCCUGGGCGUGUGGGCCAAGCCUGAGGAGAAGCAGAAGGCGGCGGCCGCCUUUGCCCAGCUCCAGGGCGCCAUGGAGACCCUGGGCAUCUCGGCCAGUGAGCAGCAGGCCAUUUGGCGGGUGCUGGCGGCCAUCUAUCACCUUGGUGCUGCGGGCGCCUGCAAAGUGGGCCGGAAGCAGUUCAUGCGGUUUGAGUGGGCCAAUCACGCAGCUGAGGCCCUGGGCUGCGAGUACGAGGAGCUGAACACGGCCACCUUCAAGCACCACCUGCGUCAGAUCAUCGAGCAGGUGACGUCCAGGCCGAGCCGCCGGGGCCUCGAGGACGAGGAGACCAGCUCAGGACUCAAGAUGACAGGUGUGGAGUGUGUAGAGGGCAUGGCCUCGGGUCUGUACCAAGAGCUCUUUGCCGCCGUGGUGUCGCUCAUCAACAGGUCCUUCUCCUCCCACCACCUCUCCAUGGGCUCCAUCAUGGUGGUGGACUCUCCGGGCUUCCAGAGCCCCCGGCAUGAGGGCAAGGAGCGGGCGGCCACCUUCGAGGAGCUCUGCCACAACUACGCCCAUGAGCGCCUGCAGCUGCUCUACUACCAGCGAACCUUCGUCUCCACGCUGGAGCGCCAUCGAGAGGAAGGCGUUCCUGUGCAGUUUGACCUCCCGGAGCGCUCCCCAGCGACCUCGGUGGCUGUUGUGGACCAGAGUCCCUCCCAGGUCCCCCUGGCAGCCGGAGGAGGUGCCGAGGACGCCGGGGGCCUUUUCUGGGUCUUGGAUGAGGAGGUCCGGGUGGAGGGCUCCAGCGACAGCGUGGUGCUUGAGCGUCUGUGUGCGGCCUUUGAGAAGAAAGGAGCCGGGGCUGAAGGGACCUCUUCCCUGCGCGCGUGCGAGCAGCCCCUCCAGUGUGAGAUCUUCCACCAGCUGGGACAUGACCCCGUGCGGUACGACCUCACGGGCUGGCUCCACAGGGCCAAGCCCAACCUCGCAGCCCUGGACGCGCCACAGGUUCUGCAGCAGUCAAAAAGGGAGGAGCUGCGGAGCCUGUUCCAGGCCCGGGCCAAGCUGCCCACCGUGUGCAGGGCCGUGGCGGGCCUGGAGGGCACCUCCCAGCAGGCCCUGCAGAGGAGCCGUGUGCUGCGCAGGACGUUCGCCAGCAGGCUGGCCGCGGUGAGGAGGAGAGCGCCGUGCUCCCAGAUCCAGCUGCAGACGGAUGCCCUGAUCAACGUGAUCAGACGGUCUCACCUGCACUUUAUCCACUGUCUCACACCAACCCCACCGCUGGAGAGCAGGGCUGGGCAGGGGUCUCCAACGCCACCCCAGCCAGGAGGAGAUGAGACUAGGGCAGGCGGGCCUCCAGCCCUGGACAUCCCCGCCCUGAGGGUCCAGCUGGCAGGGUCGCACAUCCUGGAGGCACUGCGACUGCACAGGGCAGGCUACGCUGACCACAUGGGGCUCACCCAGUUCCGCAGGCGAUUCCAGGUGCUGGACCCCCCGCUCCUGAAGAAGCUUGUGUUGGCCUCGGAGGGAGUCGACGAGAGGAAGGCCGUGGAGGAGCUCCUGCAGAGCCUGGACCUGGGGAAGAAGGCCGUGGCCCUGGGACACAGCCAAGUUUUCCUCAAGGAAGGCGUGGUCUCCAGGCUGGAGAAGCAGCGGGAGAAGCUGGUGUCUCAGGGCAUCGUCCUCUUCCAGGCGGCUUGCAAGGGCUUCCUGUCUCGCCAGGAAUUCAAGAAGCUGAAGAUUCGCCGGCUGGCAGCAAGGAGCAUCCAGAGGAACAUGGCUGUGUUCCUGGCCGUCAAGGACUGGCCGUGGUGGCGGCUCCUCGGCUCCCUCCGGCCACUGUUGAGUUCCAGCAUCGGGAGUGAGCAGCUCAGAGCCAAGGAGGAGGAGCUCACGGCGCUGAGACACAAGCUAGAAAAGUCGGAGAAGCUGCGGAACGAACUGCGGCAGAAUACAGAUGUGCUUGAGAGCAAGAUUGCUGACUUGACCACGGAGCUUGCUGACGAGCGCUUCAAAGGCGACGUGGCCUGCCAGGUACUGGAGAGCGAGCGGGCAGAGCGGCUGCAGGCCUCCCAGGAACUCCAGGAGCUCAAGAGCAAGUAUGAGCAAGUCCAGAAGAAGCUGGGAGAAGUGGAGAAGCAGUUGGAAGAAGCCCAGCAGAAAAUCCAGUUGAGUGACUUGGAAAGGAAUCGCCCUGGAGGAGCAGACGAGUGGCAGAUGCGCUUGGACUGCGCCCAGAUGGAGAAUGAGUUUCUCAGGAAGCGUCUCCAGCAGUGCGAGGAGAGGCUGGACUCGGAGCUGACAGCCAGGAAGGAGCUGGAGCAGAAGCUUGGGGAGCUGCAGGGUGCCUACGAAGGGGCCAGGAAGGCAGCCCAGCAGCUGAAGAGGAAGUGCCACCACCUGACCUGUGACCUGGAGGACACCCGGGUCCUGCUGGAGAACCAGCAAAGCCGAAACCACGAGCUGGAGAAGAAGCAGAAGAAGUUUGACAUGCAGCUGGCCCAGGCCCUGGGUGAGUCCGUGUUUGAGAAGAGCCUCCGGGAGAAGGUGACCCAGGAGAACACCAGUGUCCGGUGGGAGCUGGGCCAGCUCCAGCAGCAGCUGCAGAAAAAGGAGCAGGAAGCCUCGCAGCUGAAGCAGGAGGUGGAGAUCCUGCAGGACCAGAAACGGGAGCUGCUGGGGUCCUCCUCCAUGGGAGAAGAUUGUGUCGCUGCCUUGAAGGAGAGGCUCUGGAAGCUGGAAUCCAGCGCCCUUGAGCAACAGAAAAUCCAGGGCCAGCAGGAAAGCACCAUCAAGCAGCUGGAGCAGCUCCGCCAGCAGUUUGAGCUGGAGAUCGAGCGGAUGCAGCAGAUGUAUCAGAAGGACCGUGAGGACAAGGAGGAGGAGCUGGAGGACGUCCGUCAGUCCUGCCAGAAGCGGCUGCGUCAGCUGGAAAUGCAACUGGAGCAAGAGUACGAGGAGAAGCAGAUGGCCCUCCACGAGAAGCAGGAUCUGGAAGGCUUGAUCGGAACCCUCUGUGAGCAGAUCGGCCAUCGAGACUUUGACGUGGAGAAGCGCCUUCGGCGGGACCUCAGGAGAACGCACGCACUGUUGUCGGAUGUGCAGCUGCUUCUGGGGACCAUGGAGGAUGGCAAGACGUCGGUCAGCAAGGAGGAGCUGGAGAAAGUGCACAGCCAGCUGGAGCAGAGUGAAGCCAAGUGUGAGGAUGCCUUGAAGACACAGAAGGCGCUGACCGCAGACCUGGAGACCAUGCACAGCGAGCUGGAGAACAUGACCCGGAACAAGAGCCUGGUGGACGAGCAGCUGUACCGGCUGCAGUUUGAGAGGGCGGACCUCCUGAAGCGCAUUGACGAGGACCAGGAUGACCUGAACGAGCUCAUGCAGAAGCACAAGGAUCUCAUCGCUCAGUCCGCUUCCGACAUCGGGCAGAUCCAAGAACUGCAGCAGCAGCUGGAGGAAGCUAAGAAGGAGAAGCACAAACUGCAGGAGCAACUGCAGGUGGCUCAGAUGCGCGUUGAGUACCUGGAGCAGUCCACCGUGGAUCGCGCCAUCGUCAGCAGGCAGGAGGCGGUGAUCUGUGACCUGGAGAACAAGACGGAGUUCCAGAAAGUGCAGAUUAAGAGAUUCGAGGUCCUGGUGAUCCGGCUUCGGGACAGCCUGAUCAAGAUGGGCGAGGAGCUGUCGCGGGCAGCCGCCUCGGAGGCGCAGCAGCGGGAGAGCAGCCAGUACUACCAGCGGCGCCUGGAGGAGCUGAAAGCUGAAAUGGAGGAGCUGGUGCAGCGGGAGGCGGAGGCCGGCCGGCGCUGCGUGGAGCUGGAGAAGUACGUGGAGGAGCUGGCGGCCGUGAGGCAGACCCUGCAGACAGACCUGGAGACGUCCAUCCGGAGGAUCGCUGACCUCCAGGCAGCCUUGGAAGAGGUGGCUUCCAGUGACAGUGACACGGAGAGCGUCCAGACGGCAGUGGAUUGUGGCGCUGGUGGCCAAAGAGAGCUGGACAACGUCUCCGUCAUCAGCUCCCAGCCCGAGGGCAGCCUGCAGUCCUGGUCGAGCUGCACCCUCUCCCUGGCUGCAGACACCAUGAGGAGCCCCUCGCGACUGUCCACCAUCAGUAGCCGCAUCCCCAGUCCCAGGAUGAGCGAGGAGGCUGGAGAUGCAGAGAGGCCCCGGCCGGCGUCGGCGCUGAGCAGAGCCUGGGACGACCGCGGCAAGACCCCCGGGGAGACCUCCCUGUCUCCCGGCUCCGUGCGUCGGCACAAGUCCUGCCACUUUGGGGAUGGCGAAGGGGUGGGUGCCCAGAGAAAGGCCACAGAGCGCCCAGGAGCUCUGUCUGCUUCCCUGGCCUCUCGAAGCCCAGACACAUCCCCGUUGCCCAGGGCAAAGCUGCCCAGCCCCUCGGCCGCCCUUUCCGAGUUCGUGGAAGGACUUCGGAGGAAGAGAGCCCAGAAAGGCCCAGGGAGCAGGCUGGGCCUGGAGGACUGGCCCACGCUGCCCAUUUAUCAGACCACGGGCGCCUCCACGCUCAGGAGAGGCAGGGCCGGCAGCGACGAGGGUGACCUGUCGCUGAGGGCUGGGGGGAUCUCACCCCUGGAAACCGAGGGGGCCGCGGGGACCUCGGCCGGGCUCCUGCGCUCCACCAGCCUCAGAUGCAUCCCCUCGGAGGGUGCCCAGGGCACGGCCAUGCUCCCAGAGCAGCGGAAGACACGGUUCAGCUCCUGCGAGGCACUGCUGGAGUCGGGACCGGGCUCCUGGAGGAGGCUCAGCCCGUCCACGGCACCCGGGGGCAUGCUCUUGUCGCCCCCGCUGCGGCCUCGGAGGCGGUGCCUGGAGGCCUCCGUAGAUGACGCGGGCUGUCCUGACCUGGGCAAGGAGCCCCUGGUCUUCCAGAACCGCCAGUUUGCCCACCUGAUGGAGGAGCCGCUGGACAGCGACCCGGGCAGCUGGAAGACCCCCAGCCUGCACUACGAACGCAAGACCAAAGUGGACUUUGACGAGUUCCUGCCGGCCAUCCGUAAGCCCGGGGCUUCCACAUCCUUGGUCAGAGCCUCCAAAGACGGGGCAAGCGGCCCCCAGGCCCCCAGCGUCCACUUUGAGACGGAGGACGCCGACCGCAGCUUUCUCUCGGGGAUCAAGACCAUCCUGAAGAAGAGCCCGGAGCCCAGGGAGGACCCCGCCCACCUCUCGGACUCAUCCUCCUCGUCCAGCUCCAUCGUGUCCUACAAGAGCGCCGACAGCAUCAAGAGCCGCCCGGGACUCCCGCGCCUCCAGGGUGACGGCGGUGAGCGCACGUCCCCCGAGAGCAGGGAGCCGGUCCCGGGGCGGAGGGAGGACGACGUGGAAAGCAUUAUGAAGAAAUAUCUGCAGAAGUAGGGACGGGGCCAGCUUCCUCAGGUGCAGCUGCCCUUGGAGACUUGUGACUCCGCAACUGUCUGGGGACAGAGAGAGCGGCCAGGCCUCCACCCCCCACUCCACCGCCACCACCCAGGAGCCGCCAGUCCAGAGCCAGCCAGCACGGCCAACCCUGAAGACGAGAUGGGGCUCACAGAGGCAGAGUCAGCAGCGGGCGCAGAGCUCCCACAGUGCUCAGUCUGUACAAAAUAAAGUGUGAGCUCCUUGGCA